AUGGCCGAGUCAAAAGACGUAAACACAACGUUUCCUCAUAUACCAUUUAAUCAUUCGAAGAGUUUUCAUUCAACAGUAGAAGGUAAAGUUUGGACAAGAUUAUUGAUUCAUCUAUGCUGGUGGUUACACGACAUGUACGAAACCGAUGGUACCGAUCCAAAUGCAAAAUUUGAAUAUAUUGAAGAGAAAAUCAGUCAAUGUCGAACAUUGUUUCCUGGUAAGUUUAAAUUAAUGUUUUCAGAUCCAGAUGUUUCUCCGAAUGAACAACAUCCGCUAUUGAUUUGCCGUCAAGAUGAACAAAAAAUUAUUAUUGUUGUAUUUCGUGCAACUGUUUCAUCAAAGUCUCUUCAAGAUGUUUUUACAGAUAUGAGCAUCCAUUCGAAUCACCAUGUCUAUAUUGGUAGUCGACAUUCGGGGUUUUCGAAACGGGCUGAAUCAGGUCCAUUGCUAGCUGUCACGAAUCGGCUACGUCGAAGAUGGAAAGUAAUUAUUACUGGACAUUCUCUUGGCGGUGCUGUCAGUCAGUUGUUUACUGCACAUGUCAUCAAUAACCUAGUUGAAGCUGGAUUACUACCUGAGAUGGUCUCGUUACGUUGCGUCACCUUUGGAACGCCUCAAUGUGCCGAUUAUCAUUUUUGGAGCAGUUAUACGAAAUGGUAUGACGUCUUCGAUACAUAUAUAUACGAACAUGAUGCCAUUUUCCGUUUGGCUACUUUUGGAACUGAAUUUAUAAAAAAAGUAACUGAUUCAUUUGCUGGUUAUCUGCUGAAAGCUGGAGUAAAAAUGUGUACUAAUGUGAUUGGUUACAGGAAUCAAGACCAGACAGAUGUUCUCAGAAAUGCUACUGAUCAAAUUUGUGAGUUCACUAGUGACGCGCUAGUUCCUGCCUAUUCUAUAUUUGGUCGUCAUCAUUUUAUUCGUAAAGGUGAAAAAAGUGAAUUUAAAAUUGAUUCUCUUGGUGAACAAGAAAAAGAAAAAGAACGCUUAUUAAAAGACUUGAGUGCAGGACAUCGUUGGUACGAUUAUUUUAUUGAAGAAAGAUUGAUCCCUGAUCAAUUCAAGUUUAUUUUUCGUGAAUUUAUGGAACACGGAUGUUAUCCAUUCAGUAUUAAUCAACUGUUUAAUGAGGAAGCUACGCCACGUUUGGGUACAGAAUACUCGACAAAACAGCAGUUACUUCGAAUAAAAGACGCUCAGAACAAUCUAAAGAAGUGUAAUUGGACUUCCGAUUGCGUUUCCCAUUUGAGUGCUAUUAUGAAUGAUAAUGGCGUAAGCAGUUUACUUCGUAUUCAUUUUCAAGGAUUUUUGGUCGAUUUUGUCAUUUCUGUCGAAUUGCCGAGUGAAUUGGUGGAAUCCGGGCAGACAAAAAUUAAAAAACCGGUCUUAUCUCAAGAUAAGCCAGAUGAGUGCGCAAUUUUAUGCUACAAUUCGGAGGUGUCCAUGAAUUACCUUAAAAUGAAACGUUGCUUCAAAGUUAACGUUAAAACUUAUUUCGGUCAAUUCAAUGUGCAAGUGGUAGUUAUAUCAAAGUUUGAUGCAGCAGUGCCGUCAGUUUAUCAACUUGAUCCUAUAUCAACUUUAUUACGAGCCUUUAUCGAAUUCAUAUUGGCUGCGAAUUCUUUCGAGCACAUUGAUUCGUCAUUAACUCAUUGCUUUUCUUCAUUUUUCACCACACUUGAGCGAAUUGAUCCAAACAAAUUUGAUACUAUACUAGCUCGAUAUCUUGCUGAAAUGCAAUCUCGCAACUUAUCUUCUGAAACCGACAGCAAACUACAAAAUUUGCCUUUACCGAAGGGAAGCGAUAAACUGGGAACUUAUUUUGGUCCAAUAUUGACUUCGUUAAAGAAAAUGGCUGACGAGAAUAAAAAUUCUGAAAAGGAAAAACAUGCUUUGUUCAUGUAUAAUGCUUUAAAGUGUGAAAUUGAUGGCGAAUAUGGAAAAUCAUCGACCAAUGACAAGAAUUCUGCUGAACAUUAUAAAUUAGUCCCUUUGCAUUUAAAAUUUGGUCAACUGUACCAAUAUUUGAAUAGCUUACAUAGAGAUCCUAAAAUUGAUAGUGUUAGAGAAAACCUUAAAGCGUUAAUGGCGGCCGCUUUCUAUAUUAUGAUUAAGCUACGACGAUUAGAAUCUAUCGAACUUAUUCCGGUCAUCGAAAAACUAAACAAAGAUUUGCUAGACCUCCUCGUAUUAUUACGUAUUGCAGACAUUCUACAUGUAAAAGAUUGGAUGGUAGGAAUUAUGAUGAGUCUCUGUGCCGUGAAGACUACAAUACACUGCAUUACUCCCGAUUACAGAAAAAUAAUACAGUCAUUAAUAAAAGUCGCUCUUGCACUAUUAGAAUCAACCGGUGAACCAAUUGCUACAAAUACAAAUGAAUGGGGCAUAUUAAAUCAAAUUGCCGAAUGUCAAUGGUCGCGAAGACUAAUACAAGUGAAAUCGUCUCGGCAACUGAACAUCGUUUGGGAUGACGUCGUUAAAAGGCAACCAUUAAAACGCAUUCCUCCUGAAAAUCGAUGCCAUAUCAUCGAUGUUAUUGAAAUUUGCUGUCAAUUGUGUUCUAUGAGAGAAAUAUUGGCUGGAAAACCACCGAAGAUUGUGAUAACAGGUCAAUCUCAAACAGGCAAAUCGACACUAUUUGAAUAUCUCACAGGAUGA